AAAGAGAGAGAGAUAUGUGGGAAGAGGCGCACGCUCCACUUUUCUCCAUCUAAAGAGUCACUCUCUUUUCUAACACACUACUCUAAUCAAAUCAUCCUUUCUCUUUUUGUUCCCCUAAAAAAAAAUGGAUUCACUCGAUUUUGACAGCUUGAAAGCAGAGAAAGCCAAGGCGUUGCGGCGUUACAACAGUUUCCACAGAGUCGGCCGUUUCUUCCGCGCGGCUGAGGUUUGCGUCGCCCUCCUCUUCCUCCUUUGGACGUUUUCCCGCCUUCCUUUCGCCGUCCAAAUCUCCCGAGAGUUUCUCCGCCGUAUCGCCGGCGUUGUAUCGACUCCCCUCUUCGUCUUCCUUCUCGGGAACUGCAUCGUCGUCCUUCUCCUCACCAAAUCCUCUGUAGAGGAUAACAACAGAGGAGGUUCUUCUGACCCAAACGCAGAAACAGAUAUAUACGAGGCGUUGGUCAGAUCUGUUGAGAAUCAAUACAAAGAAGCAGAUGAGUUGGAAGAGAAGAUCGUUUACGAUGACAAAGAGGUGAUCGUCAUUGAUGUGAUGAGUUCAGAUAUUCCUCGUGAAGAAAACGAUCAGCCCAAGGUGUAUGGAAGAAGCAAAUCCGACGUAAAGCAGACUAGUGCAGAUGACGAUGAUCGUAUGGUGGUCAUCCCUAAACCUUCUUCUCUCCAUAGAUCAAAGACUGAAAAGUGCAUGAGAAUCGAUGAUAAUAAUAAGAAUGAUAAGAAUAGUUAUGCAGAGGAUAACCUUAGCAACGAAGAGUUUCAGAAAACGAUCGAAGCUUUCAUUGCCAAACAGCUGAUAUUUCGUCGCCAGGAAUCUUUAUCCGUCGUUGUCCACAACAAAGCCUAACCAAUAUUAUAAAAAAAUGGCAUCAGGUUCUCUCCCCGCCAAAGUUAAAAAAAUCAACCAUAUGGAAUCUUAUUUCAAUAUUCCAGUUAGUGUGUAAAAAUCUCAUCCCUACACUCUCUAUGUACAGUUGUAAUUAGUUGCUUAUCAUGGAUGGAAGAUAUAUAAUUAUAUAUCUUGUACGUUGUUUAUUAUAGCUAGUGAGUGUCACUUCGUUUCCUCAGUUUGAUGAUACAAAAUUAAACUUGAAAGUA